GAAAAUAAUAAAAAAAUGCGUGAGUGUAUCUCCAUCCACGUCGGUCAGGCUGGUGUCCAGAUUGGCAAUGCCUGCUGGGAACUUUACUGCCUGGAACAUGGGAUCCAGCCGGACGGACAGAUGCCCAGUGACAAGACCGUCGGGGGAGGAGACGAUUCAUUCAACACCUUCUUCAGUGAGACUGGAGCCGGAAAGCACGUCCCCAGAGCCGUGUUUGUGGAUCUGGAGCCCACUGUCAUCGAUGAGGUGCGCAGUGGUAUUUACCGCCAGCUGUUCCACCCUGAGCAGCUGAUCACUGGUAAGGAGGAUGCUGCCAACAAUUACGCCCGUGGACACUACACCAUCGGCAAGGAGGUCAUCGACAUCGUGCUGGACAGGAUCCGCAAACUGUCGGACCAGUGCACCGGCCUUCAGGGCUUCCUGAUUUUCCACAGCUUUGGCGGUGGCACCGGCUCUGGCUUCACCUCUCUGCUGAUGGAGCGUCUGUCUGUCGACUACGGCAAGAAGUCCAAGCUGGAGUUCUCCAUCUACCCAGCUCCCCAGGUGUCCACCGCUGUGGUGGAGCCCUACAACGCCAUCCUGACCACCCACACCACCCUGGAGCACUCCGACUGUUCCUUCAUGGUCGAUAACGAGGCCAUCUUCGAUAUCUGCCGGAGGAACCUCGAUGUUGAGCGUCCAUCUUACAGCAACCUGAACAGGUUGAUCAGUCAGAUUGUGUCCUCCAUCACCGCUUCCCUUCGGUUCGAUGGCGCCCUCAAUGUUGAUCUGACAGAGUUCCAGACCAACUUGGUGCCAUAUCCCCGUAUCCACUUCCCUCUGGCCACCUAUGCCCCCGUCAUCUCUGCUGAGAAAGCUUAUCAUGAGCAGCUCUCAGUGUCAGAAAUCACCAACUCCUGCUUUGAACCAGCCAAUCAGAUGGUCAAAUGUGACCCCCGCCACGGUAAAUACAUGGCCUGCUGCCUUUUGUAUCGUGGUGAUGUGGUGCCCAAAGAUGUAAAUGCUGCUAUUGCCAACAUUAAAACCAAGCGCUCCAUCCAGUUUGUGGACUGGUGCCCCACUGGUUUCAAGGUUGGCAUCAACUACCAGCCGCCCACUGUAGUUCCUGGUGGAGACCUGGCCAAGGUCCAGAGGGCUGUGUGCAUGCUGAGCAACACCACUGCUAUUGCAGAGGCCUGGGCUCGACUUGACCACAAGUUUGAUCUGAUGUACGCUAAGCGUGCCUUUGUCCACUGGUAUGUGGGUGAAGGUAUGGAGGAGGGAGAGUUCUCUGAGGCCAGAGAGGACAUGGCAGCUCUGGAGAAGGAUUACGAGGAGGUUGGAGUCGACUCUGUUGAAGGAGAGGGAGAGGAAGAGGGAGAGGAAUAUUAAAAGGGACAAUAAGGCACAAGUUAAAACAGGAACAAGUUUAUUGCAAUGCUUUCUUGAAUGCAUUACCAUUUUGGCUCUGUUCUAAAUGAAUGUUUGUCUUUUCAUAAAUUGAAUAUGUAUCCGAUGUCAUAAAGUUGGAGGAUUGGAUUCAAGAGGCUGUGUCAUAUCUUAAGAUGUUUGUUGACAUCAUUAGUUUCAUCAUUAAAUGUAUAAAGGUGAAUAAAAGUGACACAAAACUGCAAAACGGUUCAGAGCAAAGUUUAUUGGGAAAACAUUAAAGUCUGUUUAUUCCAAAUUAAAGUAUACACUUUUACUACCAAACAUAUAGGUACAAAAGAUCAGAGUAUGUCUUUAGUAUAUUUUUUUGGAUAGAAAACCCAAAUAUUACAUAUACAGGACUGUCUCAGAAAAUUAGAAUAUUGUGAUAAAGUUCUUUAUUUUCUGUAAUGCAAUUAAAAAAACAAAAAUGUCA